AUGGAGGCGGCCGCCGAGCUGGCGCAGCGCCUGCGGGCCGCGGCCAACGACCGGCUGGCGGGGCAGGAGCCGCUCCUCCUCGUCGCCGCGCCGCUGCUCGCGCUCCUCGCCGCGCGCGCCGUCCACGCCGCCGCCGCCGACGUCGCCGACCGCGGCCUCCGCACCGUCCUCAUCACCCUCGCCAUGGCCGCCGUCAAGUUGGUGCCGGGGGUCAGCGGAUACAUCGCCGCCGAGAAGAGCAAGGUUGUUGAGCAGUUGCAGUCAGGCAGCGCGUCCAGCAAGAAGAACCUGCGAACCGAGCUGCCCGCCGUCGGGGAUCCCGACGGAGUCAUAGACGAGCUCCAGGCGCUCAAAGACAAGGAUGUGAGAUGGCAGGGCAAAUGCUCCGGCACCGUUUAUAUCGCUGGGAGCGAGUCUGAAGGCCAUUUUUCACUUAUAAACAAGGCCUACUCUAUGUUUUCACACACAAAUCCACUGCAUCAGGAUGUAUUCAAGAGUGUGGCACAGUUAGAGGCUGAAGUAGUAGCAAUGACAGCUGCUUUGCUUGGCAGCAAAGAAAAGGCGUCUGGUGGACAAAUUUGUGGCAAUAUGACGUCAGGCGGGACUGAAAGCAUAUUGUUGGCCGUCAAAACAUCACGCGAUUAUAUGCAAUCAAAGAAGGGAAUCACAAAGCCCGAAAUUAUAAUUGCUGAAUCAGCUCAUUCUGCCUAUGACAAAGCUGCUCAAUAUUUCAAUAUUAAAGUGCGGCGUGUACCUGUGAAUAAAGAAUUUCUUGCAGAUGUAAAAGGAUUCAAACGGUGCAUAAAUGGAAACACCAUAAUGAUGGUUGGAUCUGCACCAGGAUUUCCCCAUGGUUUAAUUGAUCCCAUCGAGGAACUUGGGGAGUUGGCUUCACAAUAUGGUAUUUGCUUGCAUGUUGAUCUAUGCCUUGGUGGCUUCGUAUUGCCUUUCGCCCGUAAGCUUGGGUAUCCUAUUCCUCCUUUUGAUUUUUCUGUCAAAGGUGUUACGUCGAUCUCAACAGAUGUUCAUAAGUAUGGGCUAGCCCCAAAAGGCACCAGUACUGUCCUAUACAGGAAUCAUGAAAUUAGAAAGCACCAAUUUGUUGCUGUGACGGAAUGGACUGGUGGGCUCUAUAUUUCCCCUACUAUGGCUGGAAGCAGGCCAGGUGGACUAGUCGCAGGAGCUUGGGCUGCGAUGAUGUCUCUUGGAUUGAAUGGUUAUUUGGAAAGUACUGGUAAAAUCAUGGAAGUCUCAAGGAAGAUACAAAAAGGAAUUGAUGAUAUCUCAGGUUUAUUUGUGAUUGGGAAGCCAGACAUGACCGUCGUGGCCUUUGGGUCGGACGCAGUCGACAUAUUUGAGGUGAAUGACAUAAUGUCAUCAAAAGGAUGGCACCUCAAUGCUCUUCAGAGACCCAACAGUCUGCACAUCUGCGUGACGCUUCAACACACGGCUAUCUAUGAGGAAUUCCUCAAGGACCUCGAGGAUUCUGUGAACACAGUGAAAGCGAAUCCAGGGCCUAUCAGCGGGGGGAUGGCUCCGAUCUACGGCGCGGCUGGGAAGAUGCCGGACAGAGGCACGGUCAAGGAGUUGCUUGUGGAGUUCAUGGACAGCUCUUGCUAACCAUUGACUAUACCCCAUUGGUUGGUCAUCUCUCUGUAACAUGCAUAUGUACAAGCCGCAGUGACAGUGUUGUGUGAUCUUCUAUAUUUGGUUUGGCUCAAAACUGAAGGCACACAACACAAUGCCUCCAAUAUAGACAUGUAUCUAUGUAUCAGUUACAUUGGUCGCAAUAAAGUUACAUUUUCAGCCUAUUGCUCCUA